AUGAUUACAAAGCCUUUGUCUGUGUUGUGUAGUUGUUUCUGGUUAGAGAUUGGUCAUGCGACUGGACCCAAUACAGCUGGUCGAACUGGUGUCAUGGUGUGUGCCUGUCUCAUGGAAAUGCAGGAGGCCAAGGAUGCCGCGGACGCACUGCACAUCUACGCUGAGCGACGGACUCGCAACGGUCAGGGUGUGACCAUACCCAGUCAGCGGCGUUAUGUUGACUACUACAGCCGUCUCAUCAACGGUAGUCUUUCCUACGAACCCACCCCACUCCGGCUGGUGGCUAUUCGUGUGGAGGGUCUGCAGCAUCAUCUACACGGCAUACAAAGUAAGCACCUACUUAACUCCACUCUCUCAGUGUGGUAA